AAAAAUAAAAAAAAAUCAUGAGGACGACCUCUCCUACGUCACCAGAAAUAAUGGAACUCUUCUCUAAACUAGCAUUCGAACUCCAAACCCUAACUCACAAUUCGCCAAUCAAUCAAGAACAACAACAACAAGAGUUCAAUGAUUCUUCAAUUGAUCCCUCAAUCUCAAAGCUAACUCUGUCUCUCACUCACAAUCCUGGGGUUAGGGUUUUGGACACUGCUUUAUCUCUCAUGUGCUUUAAAGCGCCACAGGUUCUUGACUCAGUGGUUGAGUAUUCUGUGAAGACAAUUGUUAGUGUCUUGUCUUCAUCAAUAUGUUGUGAGGUGUUCCGGUUUCAUAAUGAAGAGGUUCUGCAGAUCGGGAGCUUCAUUUCUCGCGGCCAUUGCAUGGAACUAAUUGAAUGUGUUUUUGAUGUUAUUUCAAAAUUGAAGGAACAUGGGAUGCCUAUUGAUUUGCUGUUAUCUGCUGUGGUUAGAGUUGCGGCUUCAGCUUCUUGCUAUAAAUAUAUAUCCCCAUCAAUGCGUGUUCUUGAUGUUAAAUCCAUUGAUGGAAGUAUCACUGCUAUCUCAAAGCUGCUGUGUCACUUGCCCUUGGAUUUCUCCCUUAGCAACCAUGAAAUACCAACGAGGUUGUUAAUUUGGUACCUUGAUCCAUUAGCUCUAAAGCAUGAUAUUUCAAAAAUCUUGCAAGAAACCAUAAAAAGACCUUUCCUUUGUUUGAGCAUGGAAUUUUAUGAGAGGAUGGAUUGGCGCUCGAUUCUUGUAUCCCUGGUACUUUCUCCAAUUAUGUUCAUUGAUACCAGAGCUCUAUUACAUGACUGGUUUCUGCAGACGGGUCUUAGUUCUGUUGUAGAGCUUCUGAUGGAAUUAGUUUCACUCAUACUAGAUGUAAUUUCUAGACCAACAUGGUGGGGUCUAUCAUUAGAGCUGGGAUUGAGGCUUCCAUUUUCUAAUGCAUAUUUUCCAUAUCAAAGUGAUUUCUUGAGGACUUUGACUGGACCCUUCUCGUAUGAAAGUUUCCUACAAUUAGUUCACAUGACAAGAAAAUCAGCUUAUCUGCAUAGAGAACUAUGUGAUCCAACUAUCAAGCCAUCAGCAGUGAGGGUUGCAUCAAUAGAUCACAAAUCUAUCUGGGCCCUGGCAAUAAGCUUUCCAGAUUGGUUCUAUUUUGCUUCAGUUUUACUCUUUUCUGAUGAUAAACAUUCCCAACAAAAUAUUCAAGUAAAAUGCCCAUUAGGGGUACCGGAAUUUGGGCAACUACCUGCUUCUGCUGCUGCUGCAACUUUUAUUGCUUGGAUUCUGAGCCCUGUUAACAAAUCUAAUCAGGAUGCACUGUUUGAAAAUCUGACUAAACUAUCAAAGUGUUGGAAUCUGAAAGAAAUCAGCUCGGAUAAUAGUCAGAAUGGGAUGGCUGGCUACAAGAAGAAACUUAAGAAACCCAGAUUUUGCGACAGCAAGGAGGAUUCUACUCUUGGAAACAAGUAUGAUUGUCAAGUCAUUAUCCUCUGGCUCAAACAAUUCCAGAAUAUCAUGAAGCAUAAUGAAACCAUUGAUGAGUUGGCAUUCUGUGAGGCAAAGUCUUAUGCUCUUCUCCCGCAGCAUGAUAAGCUGUUCAGAAGAAUACCACUAGGCAUCUUGACUGGGUCCUCCGGUUAUAUAAACGAAAAUGGAUGUGAGCUGCUGCUUCAUUAUGCUGCCACUGGUAGGAUACUCGACUCACUUGGAACUGAGAAUACUAGCUUGAAACAUGUAAACUAUAAUUCUUCAAGGGCAGAAGAUUUGUUUGGAGGGAUUAACAAAGAGGAGGCUUUAUUAGGAGCCUGUCUUGUCUUCAGUUUAACUGAUGUUGUUGACAGGAUGUCUGUUUCACUAUUUGAAACUGAAAAGACUGGAGAGGACUUUCUAUGCCUGGUGAAAUUAAGGGCAGGCAGGUACUUGCUCAAGUGUAUCAAGAGGCUAGCCCAGUUUAAUGUUGAUGAGGAUGGAGUACCUAUGCUUUUGGAUCUCCAAGGUAGAUUGGAGAGGUGGAGGCAUCAAGGGAAAGAAGUACCAGAGUUUCACAAAGAUCUAGAUGAUGCCCUUAAAGGUUUAAGCACUAAGUCAUCAUGAGAUUCUUAAAGCUACGGAGCCCUUUGCUUAUGCACAGCAUCCUAGAGAAGUUUUACAAUUCAGCAUAGGAGAUUGAGUCUAUAGGAAGCAUAUGAGUAAUGGAUCCUUGUGUUUUAAUAGCAUGUGGGAUCGUAUUAGAUCUUCAAAGCAAGAGUUAACUGGUUUAAAUUGGUGUGGGUCCUUCCUGAUUUCCGGUUAAUGUUAUCAUCCAUUCAUAAUAGGAUCAAGAUACAAAAACCAUAACUGUCAACUUCAUAAAUCCAGGGGAAUCCAGGUAAUCAGGGCUGAGAACUCUCUCUAUAAUAUUGAAAAACCACUUGAUGGAUCACAUCAAGAGUUGUGAUGGAGUAAGGCUAGGGCUCCUCUGUAAACAGGGUUUUUCUUGUAUGUUCUUUUAAGAAUAGCUUGGUAGUUGGUCCUCGCAUGUUGGGUGAAAGCAACAACGAUUGCACCAGCAGGCUUGUAUGGAAUUCAGCAGUAUUUUCCACUCAAUUUGCUCGGAUGUCAAGAUGAAGAUUUCUGUGGGACAAACUUACAAAUACUCAACCGACGGCUGCACGCUAAAGACUUGCCUGUAUGAAUUUGCAAGACUAAAAGCUUUCAGACUAUAUGUAGCCUGUUUAUGAUGUAUGACAGAUAAUACCUUGCCUAUGUACCUAAAGCAUCUUUCAACCA